UGAGAAGUGUCUGCAGGGGGCCCUCGACAAGCAUCUUUUACCACCCUAGAGGCCAAAACUCAAGUGCUCUUUUCCCCAGUGCAUCCCUAGCAAGUGUUUCAGACAGCAGGAGGACCACGAGCAAGACAUCCAGAGGUGACUGGAGGAUCCGCAGCCAGGGACCACGCACCGCUAUGGUGGGCAGGCAUCAAGGGUAAAACAACUUUGGCUAUCAGUGAUCUUUAUAUGGCUGAAGCACCUCAGCAGUUCCCUUCCGUGGUUGAUCGUUAUUUUACGCGAUGGUACAAAUCAGAUGUAAAGGGGCAGCUUAAUGAAGAUUACUGCAUACUUCAACAUUCAAACAGAAUAUGUGUCAUUACGCUUGCAGAAUGCCACCCAGUUCUUCAAAGUGGCAAAAAUGUUUCUAGUAUUAAUUACCAAAUUAGUGCCAACUGCAGCAGACUACAGAACAAAGUAUCAGGAAAGUCUAAAAGGGGGGCACAAUUCCUGACAGAGUUCGCACCUUUGUGUAGGAUAACCUGCUGUGACGGUGAUGAAUAUACCAUUUACAGUUGCAUUAGAGGCCGGUUACUGGAAGUAAAUGAAAAUAUUCUUCACAAUCCUAAACUGCUAAAAGAAAAGCCAGCAACAGAAGGAUACAUUGCAGUUGUUCUGCCAAAAUUUGAAGAGAGCAAAACUGUGACAGAAGGACUUCUUUCCCAAAAGCAAUAUAAAGAAGUCCUCUUGAAGCGUUCAUCUGCCCCAGAUCCACAGCAGGAUUUAUAAUAAAGUCUGCACGGCCCUUAGGAACCUCUCUACAUGAAAGGGCCACUAUUUUUAUAAGCCAUAGCUGCUGGCAUAUGCAUUUACAAUCUGGGGAUUAGGACUUGGAGAUCACUUUACACUUACUGUUGAAUGUGAUUUACAGUCAAUAUUACAAAGUUCCUGUGCUGCUUUUUUUUAUUUAUUUUUAAUUUAAACUUUAUAUGCAGUUGGUCUUUAGAAUUAUUAGCUUGUUCAGUGUGCCCUGAUUAGACACCUCAUUACAGUUUCUUGAUCCGUCCUCCUUUUCCUGAGAGAUGAAAGUUUAUAGUUUAUCAGGGAAUCGGUCAGAUGGGCGUUUAAUUUUAAUAAGGGGAGUGACUGUCAGAUGAUUGGUGGGAUUAUACAGGCAGGGGCUGUUUGUUAAACAUUGACACUCUCUGACUGUAUAAUCCUGCCUAUGACCUGAUGUUCACGCCCAUCUGACUGAUUCCCUGAAUUGGCUGACAACUAUAAACCCACAUAUCAUGGGAACAUAAGGGUGUACCAAGAACUGAUAAAAAGGUAUGUGAUCAGGGCUCCCUAACUAGAACGGUAAAUAGGUCUUCUUUAAGAAACUGAUGAUGUUACAAGUAUUAAACAGCUGAAAAUAACAGGUUGUCCUUUAUAAUUCAUGUCUGUUAUGUCAUUAUUUCAUUUUGGAUUGAAUAAAUUGUUUCAUAAAAAAAGAUACUGGACACAGUAUAUAUCAAACUGCAUUUGAGAUUCGCUUUAGCCGCUUCCUAUAAUUAAUUUAGUUCAUGACAUGGGA